AUGCUUCCGCUACGGUGGUGUGCACCCUUAAUCUGCAGGAAAUUAGUUGUUUUUCGGUUAAUAAGGUCUAUUGGCUCUCAGCAAAGGAAACGACAAAGCGUAAAUGUCACAUUUGCUUGGAAAGACGGAAAUCAAAAAACAGUCCCGGCCAAAAUUGGUGACACCUUUUUGGAUGUAGUUUUAGAUAAUGACGUUGAUAUUGACGGGUUCGGUGCAUGUGAGGGCACCCUAGCCUGUUCAACGUGCCAUCUCAUAUUCCCAAAGGAGCACUACGACAAGUUACGUGAUCCUUUAACUGACGAGGAACAAGAUUUGCUAGAUUUAGCCUACAGCUUAACAGAAACUUCCCGACUUGGUUGUCAAAUCAAAGUGUCAGAAGAUAUGGAUGGUCUAGUUGUAAGCGUUCCAGAGUCUAUUUACGAUGCCCGUGUCACAUAUAUAGAUAGUUAUUCAACAGCGAUAUCAACUUCAGCAAAACUACGCAAGUUAUCUAAACCUCCUUUCAUUAUACCGAAUAAGGCAGAACUCGAAUAUGCGGAUACCAGUACUGCCAAUGAUAAUAAUAAUAAUAAUGACGAUCAAAACAACGUGAUUAAGCCACGUAAAAAUAAAAAUCUUAUUAAACUUAAAAAGUAUAAAAAGCGUCAAUUAAAGAAAAAAUAUUCACGUAAACAAUUACAUGCGAGGAAAUUACUACAACAAAAUGAAGGGAAAACUAGACCAGCUAACCAUGCUCAAGAAGAGGCUUUAAAUUAUUUACGAAUGUGGCACGAUGAUUAUAACAAUUGGAAGUUUAAAACACUUGAACAGUCUUGGUUGAUUAAAAAUGCAUUAAAUAAAAAGAUGCUUCCUUCCUCAGGAUUUAAAAUGUUCAAAAAUUAUAUUAAAAAAUUAGUUGGACGUGCUAGAGAAGAUUUAUUACGUCGAUGUUCAGAGGUAGUAGUAGAUAAUGACACCGUUUCUGAUCCUAAUGAUGAAUCUAAACAAUGUACAAAUGAUACAGAAAUUAACAUGGAAACUUCAGAACAACAUGAUGCUCCUCCUCAUCAUCAUCAGGAAUCAAGUCCUAAAAUGUCUAAAACACGAGCGAGGAAAUUACUAGCAAUUCUGUCAACAGAAUCUGAUUAA